AUUUGUUACCGAAUAUAGCUUUAAACAGUACAUGAAACAUGCUUCAGGUUAGUCAGAAGAGGUCCUCUGAAUUACACUGUGAAUACUACCCUGAAAUGAAACUGUGUGUUAUUGGUUAACCAGGAUAUUUAGCAUAAUCACUCUGCUAGACUGUGUGGAGGGGGGUGAUUAUCACUGAGAACAGAUGGGCAGGUCCACAGCACUGCCAGAUCCUGCACAUGCUCCAUUUAUUGUUGGUUCUUGCCUUUUCUUUCUGUAUUUAAAAAAAAAAAAAUUUAAACAUUGUAUGUUCUAGAGAGCUAGCUGCACAAAAGGUCAGUGGCUGAUGACCUUUCGGCUUAGAUUUCAAACGUAGGAGAAAGAUUCAAAAUGCUAUCACUAUGUAUCUAUGAAGGAUGGGGCAGAUUUCAUUUUACCCUCUAGCCUCCCUCAAUGCAUGCAUGGAUUUAUCUGUACGCUAAGCUCUCUGCUCUGCAUCUGUAGCUCCUUGUGGAUUAUAUUGUCUGUGAUCAGAGAUGAUUUUCUCGGAUAUGAACACCGUUUCUGGCUCCCCUAAAGUGCAUCCUCCUAAUGGGACCCGGUUUUACACUUUUCAAGAAUUUGCUGCACUGACAAAAGAAUUAAAUGCCUGUAGGGAACAACUUCUAGAGAAGGAAGAAGAAAUUUCUGAACUUAAAGCUGAAAGAAACAACACAAGACUGUUACUGGAGCAUUUGGAGUGCCUUGUGUCUCGGCAUGAAAGGUCCCUGAGAAUGACGGUGGUAAAACGGCAAGCCCAGUCCCCCUCGGGAGUUUCCAGUGAAGUUGAGGUUCUCAAGGCCCUGAAAUCUUUGUUUGAGCACCACAAGGCCUUGGAUGAAAAGGUAAGGGAACGACUGAGGGUUUCUUUAGAAAGAGUCUCUGCACUGGAAGAAGAACUAGCUGCUGCUAAUCAGGAGAUUGUUGCCUUGCGUGAACAAAAUGUUCAUAUACAAAGAAAAAUGGCAUCAAGUGAGGGAUCCACAGAAUCAGAAAAUCUUGAAGGGAUGGAACCUGGCCAGAAAGUUCAUGAAAAGCGUUUAUCCAAUGGCUCUAUAGACUCAACUGAUGAAACCAGUCAAAUAGUCGAACUGCAAGAAUUGCUUGAAAAGCAAAACUACGAAAUGGCCCAAAUGAAAGAACGUUUAGCAGCCCUUUCUUCCCGAGUGGGAGAGGUAGAACAAGAAGCAGAGACUGCAAGGAAGGAUCUCAUUAAAACAGAAGAAAUGAACACUAAAUAUCAAAGGGACAUUAGGGAGGCCAUGGCACAGAAAGAAGAUAUGGAAGAAAGAAUCACAACCCUUGAGAAGCGUUACCUCAGUGCUCAGAGAGAAUCUACCUCCAUACACGACAUGAAUGAUAAACUAGAAAAUGAGUUAGCAAAUAAAGAGGCCAUCCUACGGCAGAUGGAAGAGAAGAACAGACAGUUACAAGAGCGUCUUGAGCUCGCUGAGCAAAAGUUGCAGCAGACAAUGAGAAAAGCUGAGACCUUACCGGAAGUAGAGGCUGAACUGGCACAGAGAAUCGCAGCCCUGACAAAGGCUGAAGAGAGACAUGGAAAUAUUGAAGAACGCAUGAGACAUCUAGAAGGUCAGCUUGAAGAGAAAAAUCAAGAACUUCAGAGAGCUAGGCAAAGAGAGAAAAUGAAUGAGGAGCACAACAAAAGGCUAUCCGACACUGUGGACAGACUCCUGACUGAGUCCAAUGAGCGCUUACAGUUGCACUUGAAGGAAAGAAUGGCUGCUCUAGAAGAGAAGAAUGUUUUAAUUCAAGAAUCAGAAACUUUCAGAAAAAAUCUGGAAGAAUCUUUACAUGAUAAGGAAAGACUAGCAGAAGAAAUUGAAAAGCUGAGAUCUGAACUUGACCAAUUGAAAAUGAGAACUGGCUCUUUAAUUGAACCCACAAUAUCAAGGACUCAUCUGGACACCUCAGCCGAGUUGCGCUAUUCAGUUGGCUCCCUGGUGGACAGCCAGUCUGACUACAGAACCACUAAAGUAAUAAGAAGACCAAGAAGAGGUCGCAUGGGUGUGCGAAGAGAUGAGCCCAAGGUAAAAUCUCUAGGAGAUCAUGAGUGGAACAGGACUCAACAAAUUGGCAUGCUAAGCAGCCACCCUUUUGAAAGUGACACAGAAAUUUCUGAUAUUGAUGAUGAUGACAGGGAAACGAUUUUUAGCUCAAUGGAUCUCCUCUCUCCAAGUGGUCAUUCUGAUGCCCAGACUCUAGCCAUGAUGCUUCAGGAACAAUUGGAUGCCAUCAAUAAAGAAAUCAGGCUAAUUCAGGAAGAAAAAGAAUCUACUGAGUUACGUGCUGAAGAAAUUGAGAACAGAGUAGCUAGUGUGAGCCUGGAAGGCCUGAAUUUAGCGAGAGUCCACCCAGGUACCUCCAUCACUGCCUCGGUUACAGCUUCUUCACUGGCCAGUUCAUCUCCCCCCAGUGGACACUCGACACCAAAGCUCACCCCACGAAGUCCUGCCAGGGAAAUGGAUCGGAUGGGAGUCAUGACACUGCCCAGUGAUCUACGGAAGCACCGGAGAAAGAUUGCCGUGGUGGAAGAGGAUGGUCGGGAAGAUAAAGCCACAAUUAAAUGUGAAACUUCCCCUCCCCCUACCCCUAGAGCCAUCCGGAUGACUCACACCCUCCCUUCUUCCUACCACAAUGAGGCCAGAAGUAGUUUAUCUGCCUCCCUUGAGCCGGAAAGCCUCGGGCUUGGCAGUGCCAACAGCAGCCAAGACUCCCUCCACAAAGCCCCCAAGAAGAAGGGAAUCAAGUCUUCAAUAGGACGUUUGUUUGGUAAAAAGGAGAAAGCUCGACUUGGGCAGCUCCGAGGCUUCAUGGAGACAGAAGCCGCAGCUCAGGAGUCCUUGGGUUUAGGCAAACUUGGAACUCAAGCUGAGAAGGACAGAAGACUGAAGAAAAAGCAUGAACUUCUAGAAGAAGCUCGAAGGAAGGGAUUACCUUUUGCCCAGUGGGAUGGGCCCACUGUAGUCGCAUGGCUAGAGCUCUGGCUGGGAAUGCCUGCCUGGUAUGUGGCAGCCUGCCGAGCCAACGUGAAGAGUGGGGCCAUCAUGUCUGCGCUGUCAGACACGGAGAUCCAGAGAGAAAUUGGAAUCAGCAAUCCUCUGCAUCGCUUAAAGCUCCGAUUAGCAAUCCAGGAGAUGGUUUCCCUAACAAGUCCUUCAGCUCCUCCAACAUCCCGAACUCCUUCAGGCAACGUCUGGGUGACCCACGAAGAAAUGGAAAAUCUUGCAGCUCCAGCAAAAACGAAAGAAUCUGAGGAAGGAAGCUGGGCCCAGUGUCCGGUUUUUCUGCAGACCCUGGCAUAUGGAGAUAUGAACCAUGAAUGGAUUGGAAAUGAAUGGCUUCCCAGCCUGGGGUUACCACAAUACAGAAGCUAUUUUAUGGAAUGUUUGGUAGAUGCAAGAAUGUUAGAUCACCUAACAAAAAAGGAUCUCCGUGUCCAUUUAAAAAUGGUGGAUAGUUUCCAUCGAACAAGUUUACAGUAUGGAAUUAUGUGCUUAAAAAGGUUGAAUUAUGACAGAAAAGAACUGGAAAGAAGACGAGAAGCAAGCCAACAUGAAAUAAAAGAUGUGUUGGUGUGGAGCAAUGAUCGAGUUAUUCGCUGGAUCCAAGCGAUUGGACUUCGAGAAUAUGCAAAUAAUAUUCUUGAGAGUGGCGUGCAUGGCUCACUCAUAGCCCUGGAUGAGAACUUUGACUACAGCAGCUUAGCUUUAUUACUGCAGAUUCCAACACAGAACACCCAGGCAAGGCAGAUUCUUGAAAGGGAGUACAAUAACCUCCUGGCUCUGGGGACGGAGCGGCGACUGGACGAAAGUGAUGACAAGAACUUCAGGCGUGGGUCGACCUGGAGGCGGCAGUUUCCUGCCCGUGAGGUGCACGGGAUCAGCAUGAUGCCUGGGUCCUCGGAAACACUGCCAGCCGGAUUUAGGUUAACCACCACAUCUGGGCAGUCGAGGAAAAUGACAACGGAUGAUGUCGUCUUUUCAGUCUACCCUACCUAAAGUGCACUACCACCUGUGAAGAUGAGCAGCGAACACCUUUGUGAAGACUGAAGGCUAAGAAAAUAACCACAAGUAAUGGUUUAUUAAAUUGAAAAUGUGAUUUUGGGGGAAGUCACAUAUUAAGUUUGAUUAGUUUAUGACAAUUGUAAGAAAAUGCUUAAGUCAUUUGAAUAAUAAACAUCAUCCACAUCAUAAAUUCUGUACAAGAGAUGCUUUUAUGAAAUGGAGCCACUUGUUUUUCAUGUUUUAUUGUAAUAUACUAGGCAUUUAUGUAUUACUGUGUAUGUAUUUCUUUUUAAAUGUGUAAGUCUUAUGUAAAUGGAUAUAAAUAUGAUUUUUUAAAAAAUAAAAUAUAUGGUUCAUGGAGUCUCGAGUACAAACAUUUGACAAUACCCUAUACUGUUUGUAUUUUACCAUUCCACCAUUUUUACAGUUUUUGAAUUAUAACAGUCAAGCCGACGUUUCCUGGAAGCAUGUUUCAUGCCUCCACGCUUCACCUUCAAGUCUGUCAAUACUUAAAGCUGAAAACCUGCCUCUGAUCAUGUAAAAAAGAAUGAUUUAACCUGGAACUGGAGCCAAAAAUAGACCUUUAAAGGCAAUCAGGGAUGUCCUCUAUCCUUAGAAAUAGCACUGUGAUGGCUCGAUCUCCUUUUCAAUAGAAAACAAAGCCAAACUGUUUACAAGAGUCAAAACAAUUAUUUAAAAAAAAAUUUAUAAAGAGAAAACCAUUAUCUUCUCUUGUUACCUGUGGACCAAUAAAAAUUUUUCCUUUACUAA